UAACCAAUGUGUGUGUGUGGUGUGUGUAUAUAGAUUUUAGAGUAAUCAUUGUUUCCUGAUUGUCAUAACGUUAUGGUUGAAAAUCAUUAAACGGGGACAGCUUAUCAAUGAUAUUACAUCAUUAUCAGUAUUAUUUAUAGAAGGAAAACAAUCACUCAUAAAAUGGCUCAAAGUGCUGCCUUAUUAACACGCAUAGUGGCAUCAUCUGUGUGUGCCACAGUGCAAGCUGGCAAGGUAAUCCGAGAUGUGUUGAAUAAAGGUGGAUUGAACAUUGUGGAGAAAGGCAAGAAUGAUCUGCAAACGGAGGCGGAUCGCUGUGCUCAACGAUGCAUUAUCACUUCACUCAGUCGUCAGUUUCCAAAUAUCACGAUUAUUGGCGAGGAGGAACCAUCCAGCUGUGAAGUACCAUCCGAAUGGAUUGUCACAGAAGCCGAUCAAGAAGUGUUGCAACUAAAACUGCCGGCUCAUCUGGAGGACAUUAAUCCCAAGGAUGUUUGCGUUUGGGUGGAUCCUUUGGAUGGUACUGCGGAAUAUACGCAAGGACUAGUGGAGCACGUCACAGUACUGGUUGGCGUGGCAGUCGGCAGAACGGCGGUCGGAGGCGUGAUACAUCAGCCCUAUUACAAAAACGACGAAAGUGACGCGUUUGUUGAAAACGGACGUACAUUAUGGGGCAUCGACGGCGCGGGAUACGGCGGGUUUAUGCCAAAAUCACCGCCAGAUGGGAAGAGAAUAGUCACGACCACUCGUUCGCAUUCUGACGGCAUUGUCCAAACUGCCAUAAAGUCAUUGAAUCCUGACGAAGUGGCGCGUGUCGGCGGCGCUGGACACAAGGUAAUUCUCUUGUUGGAGGGAAAAGCGCACGCAUAUGUGUUCGCCAGCCGCGGAUGCAAGAGAUGGGACACGUGCGCACCCGAAGCCGUUCUCCACACGAUCGGCGGCGUCCUGACUGAUCUUCACGGCGAACGCUAUCCCUAUCAUCCGGAGACGACGCUCGCGAAUACCAGAGGUGUGCUAGCCACUGCACCCGGCCAAUCGCAUCAAUGGUAUUUGAGUCGCAUACCUGACGAAGUGAAGCAAACGUUGCAAUAGGUAAACGGGUGGUCCCAAGUCGUUCAUAUCGACUACUUUUUCAUAUUAUUUUUAAUUAUUUAUAUAAAUAAAAAAAGAGGACAUUUCAAUGUCCUCACACUCUUCGUGCGAACGGUGUUGGUGAUACACCUUUUCUCCUGUCAAAUAUUGUAUAAUAAUAACCCUUUAAACGAGACUUGAACAUUCCGCAGCAAUUUCACAUUCUUUCUAUACUCCGAUUUAAUCUGUAAAUAUAAAAAGAGUACAAAGAUGGUUACUUUUUUCCGAAACAAUGUAAUAUAUGCAGCAUGGGGUACAAUAAAUUUUAAGUAAAUACUUAGUUUAAUUAUUUA